GAUGGAAGUAUCGCGCAGAUGGGUUUUAUAGAGAUCAAUGCUGAAAGUCCAAUUCCGCUGCUUCGGUUUUCACCUCUUUUGGAAAAGAAUUGGUGCGGUGCGCUUUAACAGAAGGUGGCUGCGGCCCUUGUCGGUGAGUGCGGCGCCUCUUCAAAGCCCGACGCGCUCGUGAUCGCCAGGAGCAGGCGAAAUGCUGUGCUCGCGGGGAUUUCAGCGAGACGGUGAUGGUAUAAUGGGAUUGAGAGCACGUUUGAGGUGGAAUUGGCUCUAAGGGGCGAGGUGCAGGGGUGGUUGCCAUUGCCAAGCAAGGAUAUGACACCCAGGUGUUGAUGAUUCGAGGCGUUGGUUGAAAAUCCGUUGGAUUUGGCCCAAUUGGUAGAGGAGGACUUCAAGCCGUUGAGGGGUGUUCGUCGACAACUUCAUCAUGCUUAGUCCCAGGAGCAUUUAGGCCAGCACAUAGACAAAGACUUCGUCGACGUUAUGAGUCACAAUUGAUUCGAGAUUGUAAGGUUGGGUAUUUAGGCCAAUUUCCAUGUAGUUCAUUUGAGUCUUCGUCAGUGAGUUGUUCAUGGCGAAUUCCACUGAAUAGAGUUCUGAUGUUCUUGCACAUUUAUCUCAGGACUAACUCUGUUCAAAUUCUCUUUAGAAUUUCUCAGGGUUAAGUUCCAUGCAGUAGUCGUCCUGGUGCGGCUCAGUAGGAAGCUUACCGAUGCUAUGUAAGGUCUUGUGUUCCAUGUUCACUGGAGGGCUUUGAUUUCAACCCCUUUCAACGUGACGUCAGUAUCAUCCAAAGAAAGCAAACACCUGCCUUCAGUUUCUUCCAGAAAUUGCGAACCAGUUGAUCGAUUUCGUCCUUCUUGCUUUCCCGAAAUGGAUUGAUGCAUUGAGAUUGGUCCUCACCAAAUCGAAUGGCUUGGCCAGCGUAAAUCCUCGACUGUCGAGCUGGAGCGUCUUGCGUCGCAGUUUCUGCAGUAUUGUCGUGGGUUCAAAAUUUGGUAUUUAGGAAAAUCGGUGAAGGCUUCCUAGUGAGUGACUUUCCCGUGUUCAGAAAGCGUAGUCCCCCUGUGCAUGUCUAUGGAUUUUGUUCCGGAUGAAAAGCUUAAAAUCCACUUGGAGAUUUUACCGAUUCCCUUGUUUCUGUGGUUUUAUGUCAAUCACCAUUUCGUAAUUUUAAGUGAUGGUGAGAGCAUUUGGAUAGUUGACGGUUACGGGAUUUCAAUUGCAAACCCGGUGACUCAAACGAGAUGUCUUUAAGGUGUGCGACCUUCCGUUCGCAAUAUAUUGACGUUCAUUGAAGCUUUCAACGAUGAAAGAGCUGGAUAGGUCCGAAGCGAGAAAGGGAAGUUCGAUUGGUACAGAGUUAAGGACUGAAUUGACAGAUGUGGAACCUGACCCCUCGAUAAGCAUGAGAUCCUGGGGAGGGGAGGUGAAAGGAGAGGACCGAUGGAGAAUAGAGUUGCCAACGACCAAGCCAGGUGCUCCAUCUCCAUACGACCAGUUUGAUAUGCUAGAAAAGUCUAGACCGACGCUGCACGGGUUGCACCAUCUGCAUCGUGCAAGCCGCAGAGUAUUCUCAUGCUUUCGGCACAGUUCUAUUAACCUGACGGUGCCUUAUUCGGAACCAAAUACACCACCAAAGGGUGGACCUCUAAUAGCUCUACGCCCAAGUGUGAGUGGUGCAAAUGGCUUAACUUUCAUGAACGAGGCCAUCGAUUUCCACCAUCAUAUUAACGACGAUGACACGGAUUCUGAGGAGCCGACCUCCCCAGUGAUGAACUGUAUGGGUCAGGUAAAACCAAAAAAGACCCUAUAACAUUGCAGAAUGGCUCAGACACCGAAGGAUAGAGACAAGAAUGAAAUAUUCCGAAGGGCCAAGUCUCUAUCUCUAGAUUCAGGCUCAAUAGUCGCAAAAUUCAAUUCAUGCAAGUGGAAACAGCUGUUGCGAUCCUCAUCGAGCUCCAUAAGUCAAAGCGGCCAUCCACUGUGUGACGGGGGGAUUGAUCUAGGCCGGUUCAGAUCCGAAAGCCGAACUUCAGAGCCCUUAAACCACUCUGCUGAGAAACGACCGGAUAAAACAUGUCUGCUAAUGCGACAAAACAGUUGUCGAACCAUCCCCACCAAUUGUCACGAAAGUGGUAACACCCUCAAGCUCUUGCAGGAACAACUUGACGCAGGGAAUUCUGGCAAUGUUGUCAGAGGAGGUGGUUUUCAAGGGACUAUCGGCGAAUGUGAGCCAGUUUUCAGAAAGCUUCCUAGCUUGAAAACAGCGAGGAUAAAACCUCCGAAGUACUGCGCAGAUGAGGCACGGUUUAAUAGGCGGCAUGGAGUACUUUGUCCCGGGCUCGAGAUCGGUUCUCUAGCAGAUCAAGAGUACUUCCUCUACAGCAUCGAGCCUCACCUGAUUAGACCUCAUGAAGUUCCGAACGAGCUUUUCGUCGCAGUUAAAAUACCAAUGUGCAGCCAUUGCAAAAUAAGUCGCAAUGCGCACACGAUUGCUAAGCAUCAUGCAAGGGGGAAAUACGAAUAAUGACAUUACAACAGUCUUUACAACGUCGAAUUACCCAUGCUACAAAAGGAAGAGAGCCGAGUCCUCAAGACAGCAAAUACCCAUCAAGGAUAUUCUGGAAUGCAUUAAUGGGGCUGAAGCCGACGACACCUCGUCAAACGAGGUCAAGUUCUUAUUUUGUGCAGAAUUCUCUUGUGCAUUUGUAGGAUAUUCUCUAGCUACGAUUAUGUGGCACCGCUUGUAGAGCUAUUUAGACACAAUUCGAGAAACUCGAAAGUAUACAUAUAAAUUAGUCAAAAUCAUGCAACUGUAAAGGUGGACAUAUGUUUCUGAGCAAGUGUACGAAAUAGCAGGCACGUCGUCUAUUUAAAUAUCGAUUCCCAGAACUGAGAGAAUUUGCAUUGGCCCAGUUCA